AUGCGAAGAAAAUCGAGCAGGCGAAGAAACAGGCGAACCACGAUCAGAAGUCCGCUGCGCAAAACGCUCUUCAUCACAAAUGCACGGUCUGCUUUGCACAGAUGCCUGAUCCAAAGACCUACAAGCAGCACUUUGAGAACAAACAUCCCAAGGCGACCCUUCCCACUGAGUUGGUCGACAUUUAAGAGAUUAACCGAUUCAAGUUCGGCUACGAGGGUUCCAAUGAUUUCACCAAUCUUUCUCGAUCUAAUCACC